AUCGUCCGUCAUGUUGUCUCCCCCAAAAGUCUGUUCCUCUUCUAAUCCUCACCUCAAGCCACCCACCGCCCCCGCGACCACAACACCGCCCUUCUAUCGCCAUCACCAUCCACCGCGCCCUCCAUGAGCUUCGCGCCAUUGCUCGACUAGCUCUUCUGACGCGUUUGGUCUCGGCUGCCUCUGUAUACCGACUGCACCCCGGAGUUAACUUCUGCGACCACACGCGCACUUCCUGGACCUACCACUCAAUCCAUCCCGAUCACAUGCCUUGAUCACUCGUUCAACUCCAAGAAGUACUCCAACCACGCGAUCGAUCACCAGUAUAUACAUCAACACAUUCUCCGAUCACCUCCACCCCGCUGGACGCCGCGCGUAGGACCCAGCUGCGCGCUGGGCUUGUACAAAAUGGUUCUCAAUAAGAGGAAGCCAGUCAACCUCAUCACGGCGACGCCUGACGUGCCAGACAAUGUCGAAGUUUAUGUGAUGAAAGGCACGAACGAGGUCUUCACGGACUACGAGAAAUACCUCAAACGCUUCGAUUGGCUCAAUCAAAAAAAGUUCACAGAUGCGGUCAAUGGCAAAUCCGGACUGACGUACUGGGACGCGUUAGAGUCUGAGACUAAAAGUCAAGCGAACAUCGAGACCCUAUUUCCUGAAGUACUACGUGAUCCGAUAUUGAGAAGCGUACAAUUUUCGACGAUAUCGCGCAUGGAUGAACUUGUCAACAAAGUUUUCGACGAUUUCAAGAGUGACUACUUCCCCGGCGAGGAAGUGGUGUGCACGCUUGACAAUGGCGAGCAAUUUGAAGGUACAAUCCGUGAGAAGGCCAAAUUUCCGAUGAUAAGGGGCGCGGAUGGUAGUGUGCAGCGUGCGCCCUUCUCACGGUACUUCAUUAAAGUGCAUCAUACUCCCAAUGAAGAGGCGCUACUGGACGACAAGCAUAUUCGCCGCGAUCGUAAGGUCUUCACCAAGCAGAAUCUCCGCGCGUUUCUCAAGAACUCGUUGCAGCGCGAGGCGUGGAGUGGGGCUCCAUGGCUUGUCAAGGAGCACCUGGCGAUUCAAUAUCGACUGCCGAUGGAGAUCCCGCAGCACCUGUUCCAAGACGCGAAAAUGAUGGCAGCCAAGACACAAAUGUUGACAAUGCGACCGCCGAAGAAUAAGAAACCGAAGAAUAUGUCGCCGGCAGAGUUCGAGCGCUUGCGACAUGAGGAGUUGCAGCUUAUCCAGCGACAGCUUCAACAUCAACAAAUGCCAGGCGCCCCUCCACCACCAGUCGGACACUACCAACAGCAACAACAGCAGCAUCAUCAGAUGAUGAAUCAAGUACAGCCUCGAGCGCCUCCGCCACCUGUCAUCAAAUAUCCUAUUGAAGAUCUCGAUCUCCCUCCGAAGCGCAAUGGGACCACGCGACCGGAGCUCAAAUUCUUCAACGACGAACUUGCUGAAUACAUGCGCAGUGGACGAAAAACUGCUGUGCAAGGCAUUGAAAUGAAGUCAGUCGGUAUGCUGCUUGAAGUGUGGAACACCCUGAACGUGCAAUGCGAGGUCUACGUUCUGGACAGCUUCACAUUCGAUGAUUUUGUGGAGGCGAUGCAAUAUCAAGAGCUAGACUUUCCCUGUGAGCUUCUUGAUGAGAUCCAUUGCGCAGUGCUCAAAUUGUUUGUUGAUGAGAGCGGCAAGGUUCUGGUCAAAGACAUGCCGCGGAAAAAGGUCGAAGAAUCGCCGGCGGACGAUGACACAGACGGCCAGGACGACAGCGAGAUCUCCACACCUCUACCCGACGUACCUGCACGAUCGACUCGCAGCAGGCUCAGCCACAUGGAGGUUGCCGAGCCCCAGAGUCCAGUUGCAGAAAAUCGAAAUCAAGCCGUGGAGAUGAUUGGUGAUCGUACAUGGGAGGAACGAAUAGCAGCCCGGGACUUCAGCAAUGGCGGCUGGCAGGUGAUUCUUGUUGGCAUACUUCACCAGCUUUCUCAAAUCCCAUCGUACAAGGAGACGUGCGAAAAGGUCCUGGCGCAUCUUGCACCGAUUGACGAGCCACCGACGCCAACAACCGCGAUGGAGCAAUAUGCGUCUAUGGACGUGAACCUGAGGAUCGCGGCUCUGCAGAUGCUAACAGUACUUACCAUACGCACGGAAGCGAUCAAGGACUUCCUUGAGACAUGCAUGGACGAUAUGACCGACGUGCGCAAGCGCAAAAUCGAGCAUCAACGCGAGAAGAAGCUGGCCAUGGAGGAAUUUGCUGUCAAGGAUCGCGAAUUCAAGAUCCUUCUGCCGGACCACCUGCCGCCGUCGCCCAAGACCGAGCCAACAGAAGCGCCAGAUCAAGAAGCCACAGAAGAUUCGAUCGAUCUCAACGGGAGUUUUAGUAGCCCCGAGCCCGGUGAAGGAACUCCCGGAGGCAGGUCACUUCGUCGUGGCGGUGACCGAAAACGCAAACGCGAAGAAGACCAGGCUCGUCGUGAGAAGGAGAAGGCUGAGAAGGCCGAAGCUGCCAAAGCGCAUAACAAAGCUGCCAAGGAGUUUAAGAAGAUCGAAAAGGAGUGCACAGAGCUCAAAGAGCGGAUUCGACUGCAGGAAGAGAAGAUUGCCGAAUGCGACUCGGACUUGCGUGAGGCUAAUGUCCAGCGAACGAAGGUGCUAGGCAAGGACCGUUUCUGCAAUCGCUACUACUGGUUCGAGCGGAACGGACAGCCUUUCGGUGGUUUACCGAGCUCGAGCACGUCGUCCUACGGCUAUGCUAAUGGUCGCAUCUGGGUGCAAGGACCGGACGUUAUGGAACGAGAGGGACUCAUUGAUCGCACGCCAGAGGAGCAAAAGGAGUACCAGAGAAUCUUCCAGACUACUGUGCCUCAACGCCGCCAGCAAGAAGAGGGUGGCGUGCCUCUGGAAUCUGCGGAAGAAUGGGGUUAUAUUGAUGAUCCAGAUCGUCUCGAUAACCUAAUCGGCUGGCUUGAUGACCGAGGCGAGCGCGAGAGAAAGCUGCGAAAGGAACUCCUCGAAUGGCGCGAUCGGAUUGCACAGUAUAUGGAAGCAUACAAGAACUUCAUGGAUCAAGAAGCUGCGAAGAAGCUUGAAACGGAAGAAGAGAGCGGCAACCGAAUCUCCACUCGACACAAGCAGGCUGAGGAGGAAAGCGCGCAGAGGGCACGCUGUCUCCGCUGGACGAACACCAUGGCGAUUGACGAACAAGGACAUAUUCACUCACAGCCGCCGAAGCCAAAGGAGAAGAAGUCCAAGAAGCAGGCAGCAGAGCGAGAGGACAGAGGGCGAGGAGUGGCUGUGCCUGUGAACCGUGGCAAGCGUUGAUGGCGAUUGGCAGAAGUGAGAUGUUACUCGAGCAGGUGUUGGUUUGCUGUUUUACAGGUGCAUGGAUAACUGAUCAAGCGAGCAAUGUGGCCCGCCGAAGGGCGCAAUGUCUGGCACGGAGGCUUAUUUGAAGCCAACUGUUUUACAUCUGGUAUGGGACGGGAGAGGAUAGAUGAGGAUACCACGACGAGGUUCGUGCGUGUUUGCUUGUUAUGCAUAGCGAAGUGGGCCGCACGCGGCGCCCUGGAUGAUAGCUGCGACAUGGAGAUAGCACAAGCACUAG